AGCAUAGGUUGCUGCGAAAUGACUGUGCAGAGGUAGCCCCAAGCUGGCAAGGGAUGGUCUGGGUUUUCUGGACUCUGUUUUUCUGGUAAAGGAACCCUGAGGACUGAUCAGCUCUUGCAGGUCUAAAAUCAUGGCCCAUGGACCAAUAACAUUCAAGUAUGUGGCCAUAGCGUUCUUUCAGCAUGAGUGGGAAUUCUCGACCUUGUUCAGAAGAAGUUGUACUGCAAUGUGAUGAUGGAGAACUAUAGUAACUUGGUCUCACUGGGCCAUUCCAUUUCUAAGCCAGACAUAAUUGUGUUAUUGGAGCAAGGAAAAGAACCCUGGAUGGUUGUGAGGGAAGAAACAAGAAACUGGAGUACAGGUUUGGAUUCAAGUUAUAAAAUAAUCAGUGAUAGAAAAACGUUUAUACCUGGAAAACAUUCAUCUCUUCUUCUGCAUCAGAGAAUUCAUAGUGGUGAGAAACCCUAUGAAGAUGAAGAAAGUCGGAAGGCCUUUAGUGAUGCCUCAGACUUUGUUCAACAUGGAAAAGUUGAUAUUGGGGCAGACAGCCAGGACUCCAAGAUGGAAUCAGUUGUACCACUGAAGAAGAAGCUCCUGAAUGUCAAACUAAGGGAGCUGGCAAGCUGGAUACUAAUGCGGGAUUUCAUCCUUAAAGGAACUGCUGGAGCGUUUCAAAGAGGUUAUUACUGGUAUUACAAGUAUUUCAACAUGAAGAAAGGGAGCAUUGUAGGGCUUUCUAUGUUGCUGGCAGCUUAUGUGCUUUUCAGCUACUGCAGUUCUUACGAGGAACUUAAACAUGAGCAGCCAAGUGAGUACCUCUGAAGAGGGCACACUCUGCAUUCCUGACUAUGACUUUUGCCCGGCACCCCUGAAUCCUUUCAUAUCCUGAUGCAGAAUUAACACCCAAGAAAAGAUGACUGGUUAAAAAAAAAAAAAAAAAAGGUCUCUCUUAGCAACUUUCAAGUAUGUAAUACAGUAUUAUUAACUAUACUCACCAUGCUGUACAUUACACACCCGUGACUUAUUUAUUUUAUAAUUGGAAAUUUGUAGCUUUUGACCACCUUCACCCAUUUCACCCACUGCCUCUGGCGACCAUCAAUCUGUUCUCUGUAUCUAUGGCUUCAGUUUCAUUUUUUUGUUUUUGAUUUUUUAAAAAAAUUUCACCUAUGAGAUCAUACAGUAUUGGUAUUUGUCUUUCUCUGUCUGACUUCACUUAGUGUGAUGCCCUCAAGAUCCAUCCAUGUUGUCUCAAAUGGCAGGAUUUCCUUCUUUUUACAACUAAUGUUUGA